UUCCCUCGCUGGCAGCCACUGCGGGACCCGCCGCAGCCCGGAAGCCCCUUGACCACGGAAAGCAGCGCCGCCAGCAUGAAGGGUGAAGACAGCCCCCACGGCCUGGGAGACAGCUUCCCACUAAUGGAGAUCGGCGCUUGCGAGACUGAGGCCUCUGAGCAGUGGGACUAUGUCCUCGUGGCCGAUCGGCACACCCUGCAAGACCAUAGGCGGGAGCAGAGGCAGCAGCGUUUCCUGGGAGAGCUCAAGAGGAAGGGCUUCCACCUCAAGGUGCUAGAGGACCAGAAACAGGUGUUCUUCGGGCUGCGCGCCGACGGCAGGAUCUUUGACCUGUACCGCACCCUCCUGCUGGAGCCCGAGGUUGCUGCCCCCAGUGCUGCGCCUCUGACUGGCCCGCCCCAAGUCCCGGCCAACACAAGAAUCCGAAUCGUGAACUUCAUCCUAAACUGCAAGCCGGCAGCUGGUGAGUCAUUCGAGGAUUUGGUGAAGGAUGGGGUCUUUAAGACCAAGUUCCCAUUGCACAAGGGGGAGGAAGACCUGAAGAAGACGUGGGCCCAGUGGAGAAACGUGGUCCGCAACCAGCCGAUUAAUGAGAUCAGGAACUACUUCGGCGAGAAGGUGGCGCUGUACUUUGCUUGGCUCGGCUGGUAUACCUACAUGCUGGUGCCCGCUGCCGUCGUGGGCCUCGUCGUCUUCCUGAGCGGGUUCGCCCUGUUCGAUGCCAGCCAGAUCAGCAAGGAGAUCUGUGAGGCCCACGACGUGCUCAUGUGUCCUCUCGGCGACCACGGCCGCAAGUACCAGAAGCUCUCGGACACCUGCACCUUCGCCAAGCUCACACACCUCUUCGACAACGAGGGCACUGUGGUGUUUGCCAUCUUCAUGGCUCUGUGGGCCACGGUGUUCCUGGAGAUCUGGAAGCGGGAGCGAGCCCGCGUGGUCCUGGACUGGCACCUGUACGGGUGGGAUGAGGACCAGGAGGAGCUGGCCCUUGAGCUCAUUAACUGCCCCGACUACCGGCUGCGGCUGCACCAGCACUCCUUCCUGCGCAGCGGAGUCAUCCUCGUCCUGUCACUGUUCAUGAUCUGUCUCAUGAUUGGCAUGGCCCACGUCCUGGUGGUCUACCGCGUCCUGGCUGCCGCCCUCUUCAGCAACUUGUCCCUGCCCUUCCUGGAGGAGCAGGUGACCACAGCCGUGGUGGUUUCUGGAGCCCUGGUGCACUAUGCCACCAUCCUUGUCAUGACAAAGGUGAACAAGUGGAUGGCACUGAAGCUUUGUGACUUUGAGAAGCCCAGGACCUUCUCUGAGCGAGAGAGCAAGUUCACCAUCAAGUUCUUCACACUGCAGUUCUUCGCCCACUUCUCCUCCCUCAUGUACAUCGCCUUCAUCCUGGGCAGGAUCAACGGUCACCCUGGGAAGUCCACGCGCCUGGCGGGCUUGUGGAAGCUUGAAGAGUGUCACCUCAGUGGCUGCAUGAUGGACCUGUUCGUGCAGAUGGCCAUCAUCAUGGGCCUGAAGCAGACGCUCAGCAACUGCGUGGAGUACCUGACGCCGUGGCUGGCCUACAAAUUCCGCUCGAUGCCGUGCCUUGGGCACCCCCACUUGUCCCAGGACCCCGUGCUCAGGGACUGGCAGCGCAACUACCGCCUGAACCCGGUCAACACCUUCAGCCUGUUCGACGAGUUCAUGGAGAUGAUGAUCCAGUACGGCUUCACCACCAUCUUCGUGGCCGCCUUCCCGCUGGCGCCGCUGCUCGCGCUCUUCAGCAACGUCGUGGAGAUCCGCCUGGAUGCCAUCAAGAUGGUGCAGCUGCGGCGGCGCCUGGUGCCACGCAAGGCCAAUGACAUCGGAACCUGGCUGCAGGUGCUAGAGACCAUUGGCGUGCUGGCGGUCAUUGCCAACGGCAUGGUCAUCGCCUUCACUUCGGAGUUCAUCCCCCGAGUGGUCUACAAGUACCGCUAUGGCCCGUGCGGACGGGAGGCCAACCCUAAAGUCGACUGCCUCACGGGCUACGUCAACCACAGCCUGUCGGUCUUCCGCACCAAGGACUUCCAGGACCCUGUGGGGAUAGCGGGCUCAGAAAACGUGACCGAGUGCAGGUACCGAGACUACCGCAACGCCGACGACGACUACAACCACUCCGAGCAGUUCUGGUUCAUCCUGGCCAUCCGUUUGGUGUUUGUCAUCCUCUUUGAGCACGUGGCCCUGUGCAUCAAGCUCAUUGCUGCCUGGUUCGUGCCGGAUGUGCCGCAGACGGUGAAGAACAGGGUUCUGGACGAGAAGUACCAGAGACUCCGAAACAAGUUGCGCUGCAAGAGUACGGACCCAGACAGCCACCUUCUCACUGUGUGCUCACGUGGUCUUUUCUUCAUGAGAGGCAGACAUAGACAGAAAGAGUAA